UCCCAAACAAAAAAAACCAUGUAUGAAGUUCCAUUUGAUAGCGUAGAAUCAUCCCAACUUAACAUGACCAUGAACCAAAUUAUAAUUAUUUUCAACUAUUUUUUAGACAUGCAUUCUUAUUCUUAGAUAAAAUUCAUAUUUUUAGAUUUUAUAUUUUGGAGAAUAUCUCUAAACCUCUCGUGAGGUUUAAAGAACAUUAUGAAUCGGCUUAUUCGUUUUGAUAAUUUUACAAUGGAUCUAUGUAUUUCAUUUUAUACUUUGAUUAUUUUUUAUGUUUGAAUAGUUUUCAAACUAGCUUUUUAAGUUGUAAAAAGGAUUCUAAAAUUUGGUUGAUUUAGAUGUUAUUUUAGGGAUUGACUUCAGUUAUAUUGAAACCUAAUUAACGACAUUUUCUGAUUUUAGUUUUAUUUUCACGCCAAAAAUCAUUUGUUAAAAUUCUUGAAAAGACUAAGAUGAAGAAUAAUGACUUUUAUCCAACGAGUGUUAAUUAUAUUUUUUGAAUUUAUCAAACCCGAUUUUCAUACAUGUUGGCUAUUGAAGGCAAUAUAAGCUAAUCUUCAUAUAUCUAAGUAUAGAGUUUUAUUAUUCCAUGGUGAGAUUGAUCUAUAAUAAUGAACUGAGUUUGAUACUUUAAUAUUUUUCUAAUUUUUUUUUCCUUAUGGGUGAUUAUUUAUGCAUGCUUAAAUCCAAGUGAUUUUUUUAGUGUUGAUAUAUCUUAUAUUGGGAUUUUUAACCAUUUUUAAAAUCUUAGACUGAGUUUUAUUGGGUUUUUGAGUCCUUUUGGUGUUUGUAAUGUUCUAGGAGUUUUCUAGGUACAUCUUUAGGAAAUAGGCAAAACUAAUUGAAAUUGAAGCAAAAAUGAAAAAAAAGAAACAAGUUCGUAAACCAAUCAAUCGAUCAUAGACACCACUUCGUUGAUGUGGUUGAAGGUUCGUAGAUUUUCAACAACUCACAGCAACCAGUCUACAAUACCCUCAUGCGACCGAUUGAAAACAUGGACAGCCCAUUUCAGCCUUUUUCGGCCAAACACGGCCUAAGACAUAAAAAUACUUCUUAGUUCUAAACCUCUCUUCUUCGUUUGCAGACAUCUUCCAGACAAUCUUAGCAUUGUGGGGAUUCAAAGAUGGGCUAGACCACAAGAAAGUGAAACAUAGCUUAUCAAUUGAUGUGAUGCACUGUUUGGGAAGGUUGACAUCCAAAAAUUAAUAAGGCUAUAGAUUAUUGAGCUGCUUAUUGCAGUUGGAUUGCAAGUGAAAGUUGCCUAGCUGACCAAGUACUAAUGUGAGUUCUGAUUCUUUCUAUCAACUAGUGGAAGUUGCAUAGUCAACAAUUUUGCACUGUGGCUCCACCAAAGUACAUCCUUAAAUUAAGCUAUUUCUAUUUCCAAUCCUAUCAUAUUAUUAAGAUAAAAAUAGAGGCAAAACUUCUAUUCAUCCCAAAGUGAUCCACAAUAAAGUCCGUUUACGACUCUUAUAAGUUAUAUGCUUUCUCACUAAAUAUUUUGUCUAUAAUUAAUAUUGAUCAUUGUAUUGAAUGGUCCAAGACUUCUUCUAACCUGUAUGAUUCCUUCAAUUUUCACGCACAUGUGUUCUUGAAGCAUUUUCAUAGGUCAACAUUGCCAUUUUUUUUUUUUUUGCUAAAAGGUAAAUAUCAUUACGAAAUGAACUUUGAAGUUUACAAGAUGUUAGAACAAACUGUAGACCUCUAUGCUUGAUUACACGGCAAAAAAGUUAAAAACAUGUAAUCAAGAAGACAAUCGAGCUUGAAACCGUUCUGCCUUGGAGCGAACAGGAUAACAAAGAUCGAUACAAACUUAAGAGACGGGUGAAAAGGACAUAAAAAAAGUAGGCAGAUGGGGAGACCGAGAACCAGAGAUCAAGGGACACAAUGCUGGCUGGAAGUUGUUUCAUCUGAUUGCCUGAACCAAUACCUUCCUCUGAGACACAGAGACAAGCCCGCUCAAGGACCUCCCUCUAAGUUCGGGCUGGGCAAACACUGACCCCAAAAUCUGGUACAGACAGGACAACUCAAGACCACAGGAGCUUAAUAGCGCUCAACUAACCUAACCGCUCGUCCUCUAAGCCGGUUAAUGGAAAGGGGCAGCAUCACCACUUCCUGGGAUUUACUCCCUCCUCCAGCCGCAAGGUGCUUACCCUGAUCUCGAAGAGCUCAAAAACACCACUCCAUGCUCGCUUAAACCUGCAGAUCAAACCCAUUCUCCCAACAUUGCCAUUUAACUAAGAAUAGUCCGUCCAACCGGCCGUAUUAUUCAAGUACAAGACCUUUUCUGCUAAAAUUACACUGGUAUAAUCAAAUAUUAAUGAUAAGUUCAGAACAUUCUUCAUAAUCAAUCAGUACUCGGGGAUGUGGAUUUCACACUUAAAGCGAAUGAGUCAACGUGACUACGUCCAACAUGGAUUUUUUUUUUGCCGAGUACCAACAUGGAUAUUUCUAAAACACAAAGAAUUGGCUCAACCCUUUGAGAUAUUUAAUAAUUCAACCAAAGCUUAAGAAAAAAUAGGAGUGAUUAAUUUAAUCAACCAUAGUUGAUGGUGAGGUAAUUAGACUUGAGGCAGAGGUUUUUUUAAGUUCGUUAAUUUUAUUUAAAAGGCAUCCAAAUCUCUUUCGCUUGUAAGUUUCUCGGACAAAGAUCACAAAAGAGGAAUAUGCUAUUAUAUGGGUCCCAGAAAGCAGGCUUUCUACGUGGCGAUCACGAGCAUCGUUGAUCGAUCAUGUGCCUUCACAACUCCGCCUAUCAACGACAGGUUCCGUUUUACUUAAAAUUUAUUAAUUUUGCUCCGGCAAACGGAAAAUGAGGCGACGUAAGCCGAUGAACGUCAUCUCACUGACGUCAUUUGCCUCAUACCAUAUUAAAAAAGAGGCGACGAAGUAACUAGUGAGUAACCUACACUUAAAAUCUCAACAUGCAAUAAGAUAUAUUGCAACUAUUACGGCUCGACAUUGGUUUGCUGGAAUAUAUAAAUCCAAAAUUUGUAUUAUAAAUUCAAAAUGUUGAAAGUCGCACUUUACACAUUCACAAGCUUUUAAAUAAAUUAUUAUCAUUUAAAGUUUUAGUUAAAGGAUAGUUGUAUAGUUAACCAAUGGCUAAAAAGAGCAAAAUUAUCAAUGAUGGUAACAAUUUUAGUUAUUAAUAUUCUUUAAAAUGUGAUUGGUGUUUGAUUAUAUAUUACUUUGGCGACGCAUGCAAAGGUUGCUGCUUGACCAUAAUUAAAAAACAGAUUUAAACGACUACUUGCCCUAUAAGGCUAUGUUUACAAUAAAUAAAUAAAAUACAAUAAGAUAAUAAUGGAACUACUUGCCCUAUAAGCAUAAGAUCUGUAAAAGUUAAAAUCUCUAAAAGAUAUCUUAUUAAAUACUAUCAUUUUCGAUGGUUAUAAUAACACAACGGUUGCCACUAUUUUGAGUAGGCCAAAGUUUGAAAGACUCACGAGAUGUAUUCCCAAAGUUAUCUUCAGUUUGCAUCAUAGAAUCCAUAUAUACGUACUAGUUUUGACGCAGUCCACCAAACAAAAUUAUAAGAAAUUGUCAACUACGAAGUUAAAUAAACUUCACUACAAUUUGCUACAUGUAGUUUGGCUUUCAUGAUGCAUGUAAAGCUCUUUAAUAAGUAAGCCCUUUAAAAAAAAAAAAAGAAGCUCUGUUAGUUAUUAAUCAAAUAUUACGAUUUUUGUGUAAAAGUGAAAUAAUGAAAAAAGUUACUUUUUUAACAACCGAAUGUACUGACCCACCGAGGUAAAAUAAUAAAAAAAGUUACUUGUCGUUAUAGCUUAUUCCAUCCAAGAAGGUUCGUCGAAUCUACGUAUUAAAGUAGCUAUGAAAGUUAUUUUAUCGCUUAUUCAAAUGCAAAUAGACUUUUAGUGAUAUUUUUUUCCUUUAUCUUGAUGUAUAUAUAAAUAGUACAUCUGCUUAACAAGAUCCCUCUCCUCUUAACUUCAGCAGGGCCAACAACACUAUACACCAUUCUUUUGAACAAAGAAAAUGAUCUACCCUUCAAACAUUAACCCUAAUUUCACAGAUUUCGGUGAAACUUUCAAAUUCGAUGAUUAUGAUGAUGACGCUUUUCAGAUGAUCAUGGAAGGAAUCAGCCUCGGGGAUCACUCGCCCACUUUGAGUUGGACUUCAUCAGAGAAAUUACUGGCUACAGAAGUCACAAGCCCGCUUCAAACAAGCCUAGCUACCUCACCUAUUAGCUUUGAAAUAGGGGACAAAGAUGAGAAAAAGAAGAGGAAAAGACACAAAGAUGAUCAGGUUAUUCACGUGUUUAAAACGAAAUCAGUUAAAGAAAUUGCUUUAGAUGACGGAUACAAAUGGAGGAAGUACGGCAAGAAACCAAUAAGGGGUAAUCCAUUUCCGAGGCAUUAUCACAAGUGUUCGAACCCCAAUUGCAUCGUGAAGAAGAAGAUCGAGAGAGAUACGAGCAAUCCGGAAUAUGUAUUGACAACCUAUGAAGGGAGACAUAACCACCCAAGCCCUUCUGUGGUAUAUUGCGAUUCAGACGACUUUGAUCUUACCUCUCUCAACACUUUGUGUUUCCAGACACAUAAUUAUAGUUAUUCACAUUCCGCUCCAUGAGGACCAUGACCAUACUUACAAGUUUGUGAAUAUAGAUGUGUGUAUAUAUAGUAUAUAUCAUCAUCGUAAUCACGCAUCACAUGUAUCCGCAUAUACAUUGUUGUGUUGAUUUUGUAAUGUACUUAAUUGGGAUGGUGUGAUGGAAAUCAUUUUGUAUGAUAGUUGUUUUUGUAUAUAGACAGACUAUUUUAGUUAAUAGUUUACUAA